AUGAUCUUUAAUGAAAAAUAUCCCCAAAUUGAAAGGUCAUCAAAUACUUUGGAUAUGAAAGCUUUGGGUCCCAACACCUUUGGACUCAUGAAGCAAUCAAGAAAGGCUGCCAAAGUUGCUUAUCAAAGAUUGAAGGAGUUAGUUAAAUUUGGAAAGUUUGUUGAGGUUGAAGACACUCCUGCUGUUAGUUCCAUAAAUAUUGAGGUUGCCGAGGAACACGUGGCACCCAAACCAAUGUUUCAAUUUGCCUUUGAAGAGGUUGAAGUAUCUGAUGAUGAAGAAGAUCAAGAGGAUCAAGGAAAUGAAUUCUUAGAAAAUGAGUUUGAAAAUUUUAUUCAGCAAAGUAUUUCAUUCCCAGAAGAGGAUGUAGCUGUUACACCUCCGAUCAUAACUGAAAGUGAAAAAUGA